AUGCGUUCUUCCAUUGUCUUCCUGUCGGCCCUGGCCACCUCGGUCAUGGGUGCCAAUUCCACCGCAUACACUUUGCCCGCCGACUUCAAUCUGGCCUUGGUGGAAGCUGGCGAGCGCAGCGCUUGGUGCUCUGCCCAACGUAACACUUGCCCCGACAUCUGCCAGAAGGGCACUAAGCUCAACUCGUGCGACCCGAACACUUUGAUCUUCAGCUGUGUCUGCAGCGAUGACUCUACUCCCGACGUGUCUCCUUACAAGCAGACCGUUCCGUUCUACGUCUGCCAAGCCAAUUUCGGCCAGUGCAUCAACUCGCACCCCAACGACGCUGAGGGUCAGCGCGCCUGCAAGAAGAGCGCUGUCUGUGGCUCCAAGAACGCCAGCGCAGAGACUACCACCUCUUCUACUACCACUUCGGCCUCCACCACCACCCUGGCCACUGCCACCGCGACCGAGUCUUCUGCCUCGGCUACUUCUUCCGUGGCUGCUGCGAGCACCACCACCAACGCCGCUGUCGCUCUCGGUGAUCUGACUCAGUACUCUACUGGUCUGAUGGCUGGUCUCAUGUUCGUCGCUGCCCGCAUGAUCCUGUAA